AAAAAUCCAGAUUUAUAAUCGGCGCGAGUCCCUAAGGGAAGCUUCAAGGAACGCGCUUAAAACCUCCCAUACACUCCUCGUGCUUGAGAAAAAGAUAGGCCUUCCCUCCGAAGACCGAGUCAUGUUGAAGAAUUCUAGUACAUCUAAAAGUACAUAAAUCUCUCGCUCCAAGUUGAUGAUUCUCUGAGCUCACUCAUUGUCGGUGAUUGUUUGUUUCGGGGUAAAAGUUUUGCUUUUUCGAUCGUCGGAAGUAUGUCGGAUAUUGUGAAUUCCGGGAGGUGUAGGUCGGCGAGAGCGACGGAGAAGUACAACUUCUCGCAGAAGUGUAGUCCGUUGAAUCAGUACUUGAAAGAGAACGGAACGCUGGGAGAUCUCAGCCUUGGAUUGGCUCGCAAUUUGGAAGCUAACGGGAUGGCAGCCGAAGCUUUCCGUCAAAGAGCGGCUUCAACGACCAAUCCGACUAUGAAUUUGUUCCCUCAGCAUGCUGGUUUUGGCUCCACCGUUUCCAAGGAAGAACUCCCAAAGAAGGCCGAUUUCAGUGUGGACAAGUCGGAAGCAGAGACUGCUGCCCAAAUGACCAUAUUCUACGGUGGUCAAGUCAUCGUGUUCAAUGAUUUCCCGGCGGAUAAGGCGCAAAAAAUCAUGCUCUUAGCCAGCAAAAGUUCACAGGAUCCCGACACUUUUGCUUCUAAUUUGGUCCCGAAACCAGCUGAAUCUAUCAAUUUGAUUCCCUCCACCCCAAAUGUUGUACCCAAUCUUGUGCAAGAACGCGUUCAUGGGCCUGCUGAGCCCAUAGUUUCUGAUCUACCAGUUGCAAGGAAAGUUUCGCUCUCCCGGUUUCUGGAGAAGAGAAAAGAUAGGAUCAACGCAAGGGCACCAUACCCAACGGCAGCUACUUCUAAGUCCGGCGAAAGCAAGUCAUGGAUGGCCUUAGCUGGUCAAUCGCCUCUGCAAAUUGAGCGCCAAUUUUAGGCAGCUUUGUUUUGCUUGAUGAAUUAGUAGCUUUACUAUUUUGAAUGACUCUCUAUUUCAGGGGGCAUUUUGAUUUUAGGCUUUUACUUGGCGAGGCUCAAGUGUUAACUAGUCUGAUUUUAACAUAUAUUUGUUGUGUAACUAUAUUACUUGGAAAUGUUCUGCUGCCUGCCUAUAAUCUUGACUGAAGCAAGUAUAUCACCAUGUGUGAUUCUCUCUCUGCGUUAAAUGUAAUAUGGUUUAAUUUUGUUCAGCACCACAUUUUUGUUCCAUGUGUAUGGUCUGAAGUAUUAUACUUGGUUAGUACAGUG